AUUGGUUACACGGUCAUGCACUAUGCGGUCUUAAACGGCCGUGUUGCCGUGGUCAAUCAGCUGCUGGAGUGGGAUCCCAAACUGCUCGAUGCACCCAACGAUGUAACAGAGCACACACAUGCCUCAGUGUAUCGAUUGUGUGUGUGUCUGUGUUGAUUGCAGGAUGGCUGGACGCCAUUCAUGGUGGCUGCCCAGGAGGGUGAUGUCGAUGUGAUGGAGGCCCUGUAUGCCAAAGGAGGGAAAAAGCUCCUCACAGAGACCUUCAACGUCGGAGACACUGCACAAAGAAUGCCUCUCAUCUGAUUGAUGAUUGCCUUUUCAUAUGUGUAUGACACACACAGUUCGGCCGGACGCCACUCCAUUGUGCUGUGUUCAAUGACCAGCCUGCAGCUGUGUCUCAGCUGUGAGCGACACACAUGACUGUCGCCAACUUCUCAUCCCCACUCACUCCCUGUGUAUGUGUGUGUCAUUCUCAAAGGCUCGAGUGGGGUGGUGGUGCUCUUCUGGACAUCGUAAAAAGAGGGGUCAGUACACACAGAUGGUCACAUCAUAUCGAUUGGUUCAGUGACUGAUGUGCUCAUCUCAUCUCAUCUCGUGACAACCGAGAUCAGGGGUGGUGCGAGCCCUAUAUUUCGGCAACGCCCUGGGAAUUGGCGCACAAGUACGGCAAGCAGGAGAUAAUCGAUAUCAUGAAACCGUACAAGCGUAUUAACAUCGCGAGGAAUUGUUAUUUGUUCAUGCGAGCACUAGGAGAAGCUGCUUAGGGCAUUAGGUGAGAAGCUAGGAGGCAUUGAGUGCAUGUGGUCUGACAGUGAGACCGGACCGAUCACACAUGUGUCGUCGCAAAUGACGUGUCGAAUACGAAUUGCAGCCCUCGAUUUCUUGCCCUGUCUCUGGACCAUCGCGCGGGGAGGGGCGGUGAGGUGUCGUGUGUUCCAUGAGACAUCAAGACUUGAUUGGAAAUGUCCAUCAACACGUGAG